AUGACGGCGGCGGAGGACGUGGUACUCCCGGCCGUUCGGGAACGCUGGAGUUUUGCCAUCUCCACGACACUUCAUGUUAUCUGGUUUGAGCAGCUCCGCCAUAUGUACGACCCGUUCUUGAUGGAGGAGACACACAUUGCCCGAGCCAAGACACAAUUUAUAGACGUGCGAUAA